AUGACGGAGACGUUCAAUUUGUCCGACUACGAUUGCAUCGGUUUCGACCUGGAUAACACAAUAUGCGAAUAUCGCAUAGGGCCCAUGGUACAGAUGAUUUAUGACGUACUAAUCGAUUAUCUCAUAAAAAAUUGCAAUUACUCGGCCAAUCAUCUGCGGCAGCCGGUAGAUUUCGAUUUUUUUCAGAGGGGUUUGAUUUUGGAUGCUGAAAAAGGAAACAUUCUAAAAAUCAAUGGUGCUGGUCAGAUAUUGAGAGCAGCCCACGGCACAAAGUUCAUGUCCGACGAAGAAAUCGUGUCUGUGUAUGGUCCGAACAGGACGUGGUCGGUGACCGAUGUGUUUGUACAAAAUUUUCUAGAAACUUGGAACGGACCUAUGUCCGAAAAAAUUAGACCACUUCUUGAUUUUUUCGAUAUUCCUGUGUCGCUUGUAUUUGGUCGUUGUAUAGACGGCAUUGAUAAUGUAUCUCGCCCUCAAACCUAUAGUGUUUGGCCUGAUGUAUUGAAAGGCUUGAUCUAUAUGUAUUCUAGGGAGAACUUUUCAGCAAAUACUGGUGAUUAUUUUCCAUACUUGAAAUCGACUCCCUCUUUAUAUUAUAAUAAAUGUCCUGACUAUGUGCUCAACUGGCUUAAAGAACUAAAACAAACUAAAAAAGUUUUCCUGAUAUCGGGAUCACAUGUCGACUAUGCCAAUUUCACAGCUACACAAUCAUUAGGUGAAAACUGGAAAGACUUAUUUGACAUAGCUGUUUUUUAUUCAAGAAAACCUGGAUUUUUCACUGCGAAUAAACCAUUCUAUAACACAGACUCUCAAAUGUUAAACGAAUGUGAUAUUGUGGAAAAUAUACAAUUUAACAAUAUUUAUAGUCAAGGUAAUUGGAAUCAAUUACAUGAUUUAUUUAAAAAAGAAACUGGGAAGUCUAACCCAAAGUGCUUGUAUGUUGGCGAUAAUAUAUUGCAAGAUGUUGUAGCACCUGCAAAGUUCUCUGGUAUAGAUACUAUAGCUGUUGUUGAAGAAAUGAAACUAGAUUCGAAUGAUAAUGAUAUUAAUCCCGACAAUAAAAUGUUAAGAUCAAACAAAUGGAGUUCAUAUCUAGUCGACUGUGACAAGAGAGAUAUGUCCAUUUGGACUUCGUUUAUUGCAAAUCAUGGAAAACUUUGUAUUCCAUCCUUAAAGCAUUUGGCAAAAAAGCCCAUACAUUUUGAGUUUACACCGUUUACCAAAAGUAAAGUGGUUUUAAAUGGUAAUGGUUUUUUUCCAUUUAUACCCAACAGCUUGUACAAGAUUAUAAAGUAAUAAUAUAAAUACAUUAAUAAAUUGUUUUUAGAACUAAA